AUGUCGCAAAGACUCAACAACACAGCGGCACAUCAGAUUGAAAGUGGCGACUAUGACAAAGCGAUCAAAACGCUCAACAAUGCUCUCCGCUUGUCUCGAGCGGACUUUCGCCAAUCCCAGACGUCCCAUUUGUUCAUGCUAGAAGCUUGUUUGUCUUAUUCUCAGAACCUUAGCACUCAACAAGCCGCGGCGGUAGGAGAAGGAGAUGAAAACAGUAGCAACAACAGCAACAGUAGCAACAAAAAUGGACUCGUGAUUUAUCAGCAAGCACUGCGAGUCCCUUCUGAGUACAUGUCUCAUCCGAUGGGACGAAUCUUGCCGCUGCUCGUCAUGUACAAUAUGGCCCUGGCCAACCAACUGAAGUCUUUGAAAGAGACGAAUGAUGACAAGCAACGACGGGUCUUACUCAAUAGAGCACUCAAGCUAUACGAACUUGCCUAUCAAUGGCAAAGCAAGGAAGAACACAAGUCUCUUCGACUCAACAUGAUCUUGGUCAACAACAUUGGUGACAUUCAUCGCCGGGUCAACAACAAGACCAAGUUCCAACGAUGCAUGCAACAGCUGAUGCGCACUUUGCUCUACGUUCGCGUGACAGAUGGUGAAAACAUCCAACAAAUCCAGCCAAUGGAAACCACCUUUCGCCGGAACAUUCAAAUGAGUAGCAGUGCAGGGGCCGCGUGA